CUCAUGUUCCUCCGUCUCCCAGUACCGUCUCCCUCAGUUCUCAUAGUUUGCGCCAGGCUUGACCGCGGAUCCAUCUGUUUACCACGCGAUGGUUUCACCUUAGAAAAUUACUGUCUUAACAAGGGUCCCUCUUCCAUGCUGACUGUCGCCGGCUACUCUCAUCAUGAUUAGAGCCGAUUCUUACCUUCGUUCGCGGGGCGCCAUGCGCGUUCUUCUCCCAAGGGCCGGGUGCUACUUCAGCCAUCCGCUACGCUUAGGAUCUCAGAGGAGGGGCUUGCAAUGGUCCGUUCCCCAUCGCGCCGAUGAGAAACCUCAGUCCUUCAAGCAUCAAUUAUACGAAAGUACACAGCAACGCCUCAAACGUGAGCGUGCUGAACAGGAACGAUAUUCACAGUUCCAGUCCCAAUCCCAGGGCAGUCGCAACGCGGCGUUGAUGUUCGCAUUGGCCUUCUUCUGCACUGGGGCUUACUAUCUGGGCUCUUUGAAACCUGCUGAGCUUCCCACUUCGUCAACAAGCCCCGUUUAUGAUAUACAGUCACCGCGACAUAACGUCUCUCCCUCAAAUUUACAGGCUGCUUGGGCGGACUUCGUUGAGAUUUUAGGGAAAGACAAUGUUUCCACACAAAACGCCGACUUGGAUAUGCAUGCGGGGUCCGACUGGUCUUCAUACGCCCUGAAAGAGGGAGAAAGACCGUUCCUCAUCCUCUACCCGUCUACUACGGAGGAGGUAUCUCGGAUCAUGAAGGUUUGCCAUCAACGGUUAAUUCCAGUAACCCCCUACUCAGGCGGUACCAGCUUGGAGGGCCAUUUUGCGCCCACGCGGGGUGGUGUAUGCAUUGAUUUCCGUCGUAUGGAUCGUAUUCUGGGUCUCCAUAAGCAGGAUCUAGACGUCGUGGUCCAGCCUGCCGUUGGCUGGGAGGAGCUGAAUGAACAUAUCGCUCAGGAUGGUCUUUUCUUUCCCCCGGAUCCGGGCCCUGGUGCUAUGAUCGGUGGCAUGAUUGGCACGGGCUGUUCGGGAACCAACGCCUACAGGUAUGGCACUAUGCGUGAUUGGGUGCUUUCUUUGACGGUAGUGCUUGCCGACGGGACCAUCAUCAAAACCAGGCAACGUCCACGGAAGUCGAGCGCUGGUUACGAUCUUACAAGACUCUUUAUUGGGAGUGAAGGCACCCUCGGUCUGGUGACCGAGGCUACGUUGAAGCUAACGGUCAAACCUAAGAGCCAAAAUGUUGCAGUCGCGAGUUUCUCGACAAUACAGAAUGCAGCAGAGUGCGUGACUCGCGUGGUGGAAGAAGGCAUCCCAGUAGCUGGGGUCGAGAUCUUGGAUGACGUGCAGAUGAAGUGCAUCAACGAAAGUCAGUCCACCAGCCGACACUGGAAGGAAGCGCCUACCAUAUUUUUCAAGUUUGCGGGUACGCCUGUUGGCGUCAAGGAGCAAAUAAACAUGGUGCAGAAGAUUGUUUCUUCUACUGCGGGUCGGUCCUUCGAGUUUGCCCGAGGUGAGAGCGAAAUGCAAGAACUCUGGAGCGCCCGGAAACAAGCACUUUGGAGCGUUAUGUCUAUGAGGCGAGGUCCUGAAGACCACGUUUGGACGACUGAUGUAGCUGUCCCUAUAAGCAAAUUACCCGAGAUCAUCGAGGCCACCAAACAAGACAUGACUGAAAGUGGGUUGUUGGCGGGAAUGUGCGGUCAUGUCGGAGAUGGCAAUUUUCAUGCGAUAAUUCUCUUCAAUAAAGACGAGAAAGCAACAGCCGAGGCUGUGAUUCAUCGGAUGGUAAAGCGGGCUGUUGAACUAGAAGGUACAGUUACUGGCGAGCACGGAGUUGGUCUCGUCAAGCGGGAUUACCUGCAACAUGAACUAGGGGAGUCUACAGUGGAUGCUAUGCGCCGGCUCAAAUUAGCUUACGACCCCCUUUGCUUGCUCAACUGCGAUAAAGUUGUGCGGGUUGAGCCACCGGCGCCAGGUGAAGUUAAGGAAUGGUAAGCACCCAAGUCAAUCUCUUGAUAAGCCAAUAUCUACUUGGUUUCAAAUAGAGACGCAUAUAGCAUGGUAGUGGACAGAUAAACAUACCAUCUUGGCCUCAGUACUAUCGUCUAUUGCCUUCUGCCACCUUCGCUAAGAAGAGAGAGCGCGCGUGCGAAAGAGAAAGAGAGGGAUUGAGGGACGGUUGCUUUCUGGUCUAAAUAUACUCAUAUGGAUAUCGGUCCUCCAUGUAGCCUGCGUUUGUACCUUUGCGAUGGUCAGUAUAGGUACUCUCUUGUCACGUUGCUUUAUUGUUGCCCCCUCCUCAGAGUAUAAUACGCGCGAUACAAAUUCGAUUGUUGCAACGCGAC